GGAAAGUAAAAGGCGAUGGGUGUGUUGCUUUGUGUUUAUUUCUUGUUUUAGAUAGAAACGAAUGAAUAUGUUAAAAGCAAAUUUAGUGUUAAGUUAAUCAAAAUUAAUUUAAAGUUUUCAGUUUAAUAAUCAUGCCAUUGUAAAUAUCAUCAAACAAAUUCUUGUUUUGAUUUGGUCAAUGGUUGUGUUACUGAUUGUAGUUAAAACAAAAUAUGAAACAAUUGAAUAAAUUAGUUAGUGUAAUGUUUGUGUUAAGUGAUGUCCCAAGUUUAGAGGCGUAUAACAAACACGCGUGUGCUUGAUUGACUGAUUAUAAGUUUACAAUAAUGGCUUUCGUAAAUAAUUAUUGUGUACAUAAACAUGGAUAUGAACUUUGAUUGUGUUGGUGUUCGAAUUUCGAAAUCACGAUGUCGUCGUCGCCGUGCCAAAAAGGCGGGAUGCGCCUCAGUGAAGCGUUGGAUAACAUGCAGCUUGCGUACAACCCGAUAACUAAGCAGUUACAUUUCGUUAGUCCAAAAGUGGAGAAACAAGUUGAGGAUACGUCUGAUGAUAUUGAUAAACUGUCUAAGAAGAGCAGUUUCAGUGAUGAAGGCAAUUUUUCCAUAUCAACUUGUGAGAAAAGUGAUACAAGUGACUCCCCAAAGAGUACUCUGCAGUGGGGCAGUGUAAGUGGCCAUCACCGAGGCAAGGAUGGUGGUUCUUUCUCAAGUACAGUCUCCAGUCUAUCCGAGUGUUCUCUAGGCUCUGCUGCCUCUAAGGAUGAUGAAGUUUCCGAUGCAACUUCACAUGAUCAGGAGCAAUCUAAACUGAAGAAGAAAGGAUUGUCGGGAUUUUUCAGCAGAGGUGUAUUUCCAUGGAAAAGUAACUCAUCGAAAAACCACGACGCCCCAUCUUCAGUGGUGUCAUGGCGUCUCUUUGGAAGCAAAUCCAGUGGGAAUUUAGCAGCGAAGACUUUAAAUUCGGAAGCUCAGAAGACUUUAACUCCAGCGUCAUCUGUAGCUAACACCCCUCAUCAUCAUAAGCGACAAGGGAGUUCUGCAAGCGAGAAACAGUUUGAAGACUUGGUGGCCAGUUCAAUAGCUCUUAUACAGCAUGACAGGCCAUCAAAUCUCCCAGCGAAAUGCACAGAAGAAGCUCUUCGACAUAAAGCCGAGCACGCACGGAUGGUGGAGGCAGCCAGGCGGAGAGUGGAACGGGAGGCAGCCGCCAGGCACGCCAGGAUGCAGGAAUCAUUGCGUCUGGAGGAGAGGCUCGCCAGGCAUGCCAAGGAGUGGACACAGAAUAUACUGCCAGAGUGGAAUAAUACGAAAAAUUCAAAACGAACUCUAGAACUUUGGUGGAGCGGGCUUCCUCCAGCGGUUCGCGGCAAAGUAUGGCAACUGGCGAUCGAGAAUAAACUCAAAAUCACACACGACAUGUACCAAGACUACGUAGCGAAGGCCAAGCAGAGGUUACACGAAGCACAGCUCAGGAGAAAGCGGUUAAAAGUCAACAGAAACGAUACAUGUAGCUGCCAAAAAGAAAAAGCCACAGAACAGAAGGAAAAACUUGGCAAAAUAGACGACAUCUUAGCCAAAACCGACGACAGAAUAAAAACUGAUGAAGAAAAACCACGUUUAGGCAUACCACGGAAUUACAGCGAACAGAAUCUCAAGUCCCAAGCCACUGAUGCAGGGCCACAGAAGUGCUGUUCGAAAUCCAACCCUAAUCUCUUAGAUUAUAGUGACGAAUGUUCCAUGGAGUUGAUACAGUUGGAUAUUGCGCGGACUUUCCCCCACUUAUGUAUAUUCCAGCCCGGGGGACCAUACUUUGAUGUGUUGCAUGAGCUGUUGGCGGCGUACGUGUGCUAUAGACCUGAUAUUGGAUAUGUUCAGGGCAUGUCAUUCAUAGCGGCAGUGCUGAUCUUGAACAUGGAAGCGCCUCAAGCAUUUGUCUGUUUCGCCAACUUGUUGGACGGGCCUGUGCUUAGGGCCGCCUUCACCAGGGACGGAGCCACAAUGCAGCGACUUUGGAAAGCGUACACGACGUUACUGCGUCACAACCUCCCGUCUCUGGCCGACAUCGUGGCCCCCGAGCUGUAUCUCCUCGAGUGGCUUUACACUGCAUUCGCUAAAGCAAUGCCAUUGGACGCCGCCUGCAGAGUCUGGGAUGUCUUCCUAAGAGACGGAGAUACCUUCCUCUUUAACACAGCUCUUGGCGUCCUCCACUUAUACCAAGAUGAGUUGAAAGACAUGGACUUCAUAUCUGCAGCCCAAUUCUUAACUAAACUACCAGAGGAUUUGGACACAGAAGCUCUCUUCAAGAGCAUAUCUGCCGUGUCCUUGACCUUAGAUGGGAUGUCGUUUGAGGAGCUAGCUUCCUGCUGCGAAGUCGACACGACUCUCGAUGAUGACGUCACGGUAAGGUUAUGAUACAAAAAGUCGUUUAAUUUCAUUCUUCUAAGAGAUAUCGUUGAUGCCCUAACCUUAAAAGUAGGUUUAUAGUUCUGUAAAAUGGUAACACUGAAAGUAUUUUUGUAGAUUUUUUUAAGUUGUUGGCAAUACAAUGUGUUUGAAAUCAUGUAAGUAAUU